GCUCUGAGUAAACGAGACUAGCUGUGCUCCAACUCUCGCGAUAUUUCCACAGUGGGUCGCGGAGCAGUAUGGCAGCCGUGGCGCUGAGGUCCUGCCGCAGAGGACUUUCACACAUUUUAAGUAAUGGAGGGCUUGCUGCUUUGUCGUCACUGCGCCCGGAAGGGGUCAGCAGGCACAAGUCCACGGUCCAGUACGCUUCACGACCGGACCUUCCGAAGCUGGCCUACAGGCGAGUGAAGGGCAAGAGCCCCGGCGUGCUCUUCCUCCCGGGAUAUGGCUCCAACAUGAACGGGCAGAAAGCCGAGGCUCUGGAGGAGUUCUGUAGGUCACUGGGACACUCGUACCUGCGGUUUGACUACACAGGGCACGGGGCCUCGGAGGGGGUCCUCUCAGAAGGAACUAUUGGCACCUGGAAAAAAGACGUCCUUUACGUGUUGGAUGAGUUAGUCGAGGGGCCACAGAUAAUGGUGGGUUCCAGUAUAGGCGGAUGGUUCAUGCUGCUGGCGGCAAUUGCGAGACCAGAGAGGACCGCCGCACUGGUGGGCAUCUCAACUGCCGCCGAUCACAUUGUCACAUUGUUCAACUCUCUUCCCCUGGAGACUCGCAAGGAGUUUGAGGAGAAGGGUGAGUGGACGUUGCCCACCAAGCACUCGGAGGAGGGUCUUUACAAGUUUAACAUGAACUUUCUGCGAGAGGCGGAAAACCACUGCGUGCUGCAGAGUCCGAUCCCCAUCACCUGUCCCGUGCGGCUCAUCCACGGCCUCAAAGACGAGGACGUCCCCUGGCACAUCUCCAUGCAGGUGGCGGAGCGCGUCCUCAGCAACGACGUGGACGUCAUCCUGCGGCGACACGGCCAGCAUCGCAUGUCCGAGAGGGACGACAUCAAGCUCAUGGUGUACACUAUUGAUGAUCUCAUAGACAAGCUGACCACUCUGGUCUGAGUAAGGGGGCGGGGAAGCGAGCAUAAGGAUAGAAGGACUGUGUUUACUGGGAAGUCGAUCCUCAAGAAAUUUACCAAACAACGGCGUGUUUCUCUACUGAGUAUGACCGCUUUUCUUUUUCUUCUUUUUUCCCUGUUAUCUUCAUUUGUCAUGUCAACAUGCCGUUACAGUGCAAACUUUAAUGAAAGGGAGCUUCCCUGUUAGCGGUUCCCUCAUAUCUUCAGGUUGGAUUUGUAUGUCCCAAGUUAUUAUACUGAGUGUUAUUUUGGCCUUUUGUUAGGUCCGCUGUCCCUGUUCUUGCCUAUUUGACUGUUCUUUACUUAGCCGCAUAGCUUUCCUGUGCCUUUUUUAGUCACUUUUCACCUGUUUUGGCCAAUAAAACCUCUGCACACUGAA